AUGACGGACAACGAGGUCACGUCCGGCAAGAAGUUCGGAGACCGCAGGCUCCCAAAGUGGUUCCACACGCUGACGGUGACCGUGGUCUCGGCGGACGGGUACACGCAGGAGAAGUACGACGUGGUGGUGACGCAGCUGGUGAGCACGACGGCGGUGCUGAAGGACAUCAGGGUGGCCCAUGACACGCCCUGCGAGCUGACCCCCAAGUUCGACCCCACAGUGUUUGAGUACACGUGCAGGUGGGCUUGGGACAUCUGUGCGCACAAGAGCUGGUCGGAGUGCUCCAACAACAUCUCCAUAGUGCCAUUCAAGGACGAUUUGAAUUGCCCGAGUUGCGGCAUCAUCAUGCCCGACAUUGCAUACAUCCGCUUGCAAGACACCCUGUUCAUGGACAUGCGGGCCGUCCUCAAGAGCAACCCCGCGUCGUGGGAGAGCGAGCGGGAGUGGCGGAUACCAUUGGUCUACGGCGAAGAGCACACCACGGAGAUCGAGGUCCUGGCCGCGGACCGGCUCCACUCCGCAUCGUACCUGGUGACCUACGGCGUGGAUGCGCCCUGGUACAUGACGGCCACGUUCUCCCGCCGGCUGUCGCAGACCACCGCCGGGUGCGUCCUGCUCUCCGCGAUCGGCAACGCCGCCACCAUGAUGGCGAUCACGAAGCAGAUCCAGUUCAUGUCGCUGACGAUCAUGGUCCACAACGUGCCCGAGCAGUUUGUGGAGUUCACUCAGAGCCUCAAGGCGAUGACCGGCGACCUGACCUUCCUGAUGGACGUCCUGCAGCUCAACGGGGUGGGCUGGUUCUCGCAGAAGUACGAGGAGAUGACAGCGAACAUGUCGUUUGCCGGUCUCGAGGUUGACUUCGUGGGCAUGGCAACCGAGUAUUGUUUCAUGUAUGAGAUGCACGGCCUCUAUGGCGCCAACGCCUUUCUGUGCUAUCACGGGGCCACCAAUGAUUUUUUGAAAAGCAUCCCCAAUGAUAACAAGACUGGAGGGUUGCCGACGGAUGAAUGGAAGCAGAUACACUGCAAGUGCCUUUACAGGGUGCCGUGGGAAGACGGGUACGACAUCGCCAGCACCCUUCACUUGCACACCCUUGUGAUGUGGAUCCUCAGGCCACUUUGGAUUUGCACUCUUGUCAUUGACGCGUUCUCUGGUCCCGCGGCUGAGUUCCUUGGGACGUCCAUCACCCUCGUGUUUGGAGGGAUGUUUUACUACGUGUUCUACCGUCUCUUUCUCGCGCGGAACCAGCUUAGACUGGCCGUCAUGGAGCCUGGAAGUGUAAUGAUAUUCGUGUUGACCCUGUGGCUUAUCUCGUACACACAAGCAUGCUGCAAGGCCAUAUUUACCAAGGACAAAAUCGUCAUUCAAACGUUUGAGCCUGACCAGGCCUAUGUCAUUGCCGCAUGCGUCGUCGGCUUGCUAGUGUACCCGGUGGCAUUCUUUCUGGGUGUCACGUACAGACUACAUAGGCUUAUCCAGGCAAAGGAGUUCGUUUGGUCUGAAGAGUUUGGCAUCCCGCGUUGGUCUGAUAACCAUUGCCAGCACUUGCAGGUUGAGCAGAAGUCUCUUGCGCAAGAGAAGCUCGGCGUCUUCCCGCCGAUCCUCAACAGAUACGUGCGCAGUUGCAUACCUGUCCUGACCAGAGAUGGAGACCCUCUCAUGGCUGAGGCGGAGGAGGGGCAGCAGGAAGGGCAGGAGAACACCAAGAGCAACAAGAACAACAACGGCAACAGCAACACCGACGCUCUGGCCAGCACUUUGGCGAGCUCCGCCGGCAGCGACUCGCACAAGCACAGCCCCCGUGACAGCACCGCGCCGACCAGUGCUCGCACCGCCGCCACCGACAGCAGCGAGGGAACUGGCGGCCCUGCUGGCGGUCAUCACAAGCAACGGCGGGUCCGUUCGCGCGAGGCGGAAGGCUCUCAGGAGACGUCUUCGCACGGGCAGGUGGCGUCCGAUUCGAACGCCGACGGUGAGAAGGCGAGGCGCGCCAUACAGCUGAAGGAGAAGCUGGAGCAGGAGAGGGAGAAGGCUAGGGAGAUCAACGAGGCGUGGAAGCAGCAGGCGAAGAGGCUUCAAGAUCUCGUGGAGCAGGAGAUGAGGACGGCGGAGGGGAAGGACGCGAACGCAGCGCCGCCCUGGUUCCCCGAGGAGGACCCGCACUACACUGUUGUCGGCAUAGGCAAUCUCAUCAGGUCGUGGAAGCCCAAGAAGGGGCAUCCAAACGAAUUUCGACUGGAUCCAGAGGAGACCUUUGCGCUUCUGCAGUACACCGAGGAGCUCCAGAAUGAGGAGAUGGCCAUGCUGAAAUACAACAUACUGAGCAUCGGCCUCCAGAACGGUUACUUGAAGCCCAGGGAGCCGUUAAGAGACGAGGGGGAGUGGUGGCUGCCGACCGAGGAGGAUUACACAAAAGAAGACUGGACGGAUGUUGAUGGAGAUAAUACGUCCGGUCACCACCCAGACUUGGAGGAGUUUGGAGGCAAUAACCAGAAGUACAUCGAGAACGCCCUCGGCGAGCGGCUGGUCUACAAAGGGGCGGGCAGACAUUGGUGGGGGAAGCCCAAAGGACGGGGGACGCUCGUGUGGGAGAAGGAGCCAGACUCUGGCUGGUUAAGCUGGGAAGCUGAACAAAAAGAACAAGACUUCGCGUCUCGCUCGCGCUACGCAGACAAGUGGCAGUGGAUCCAGAGCGACCACUGGACGCACCCGUGGAACAUAGAUGACAUCGACGAGGCAGAGAUGCAUCUUCUCCACAUCGGGGGCAAGCCAAUGAUCAGCAUCAAGCCGGCCGAGCUCAUGGGUGCUCGAUUCUUUCUCAGGGCGCGGAAGAGUUAUCUGGCUUAUGUCAAAGACCAAUGCCCAGAUAUGGUAUCAGCGGAGCAGAAAAUCGAGAUUCGCAAGUGGGUGUACUCCAAGCUCCUUGUAUGCAUGGACAUGAAGUUGAAGCUUUGCUGGAUGUCGAGUCACCACCCCGCCUUCGCCAGACAGCGGACCCUUGAGGAGAUGGUCAAGAUGAAAUAUCGUGACGUGCACUUGGAACUCGUAGGAGACCGACGGAAUACAACGGCAGAAGCAGACAUGAUACGUACAACCCCCCACGAAUGGAUCAAUUUUACGAUCAUGAAGAUCGAGGAUACGUUCGCAGAGGACGAGGCCGAGCCGUGGUGGGCCAAGGUCGACGCCCCUGCGGAAGACGAGAUCAAGGUGAUGUACGACGAAAAAUUGUUCUACAAGCGGUACGGCGACGAGGAGUUGACGGCGGUAACGUCGAAAUACGAUCUUGUACCGUUGGAAGGCUAUUAUACUUCGCCGCAUUGGAAUUUGGAGCGAACAAGUGUAGGUGUGAAGCGCUAUCAGAUUGUCAAGCCGGACGGCAGUCAGUCGCACGUUAAGAUUCAAUUCGAUUUGAAGCACACGCCGUUAUUGAUGACGUUUGUGCGCUCUUUCAAGCUGAAUACGAAGUUUUAUUUCCUGGACCUUCCAGAAUAUCAGAACUAUUUCCUCAUUGUGCAGAACAUGGAGAGCGGGGAGCAGUACAAUUGGGGACUGGAAGGCCUCACGCUGAUCAUGGCCAUCAUGGUGCUGUCAAGUCAGGAGUGGCUCCUCGACCGUGGGCAGCCCGGCAACAAUGUGUGCGCAGCGACCCUCUUGGCUGUCAAGACCAUCAACCUGCUUAAUGCCAUGAGGACCAAUUACAACGCGCAGUUGGAAGAAGAG